AUGAACAUUCAGCAAGAUGGAGGAGGAGAGGAGGCAGACUGGGAGGAUGAGCCUACGGAUGAGUCGUUCAUCCAUGCGCUCAGAGAUAUUAUGGGCUCGAGAUACCUCGGGACAUCUCCAGUGAAUCCAUCUCUUGCUAUCUCAUUCUCCACCCUCGAACUCUUCCACUGUAUCAGGCUUUUUAAGCCAUCCUUUAGUGUGGAGGCCUUCGUGAAGCUCGUAUCUUACUACUACAAGAUCCCUUUCCGAUGUCACUACCGCACUGCCAUCGCAAAUGCAUUCGACAUCUAUCUCAGCAUUCUACGCGAGGUUCGCAAGUGCAUCGACGCUACCUUGGGUCGAGACACACCUAACUGGCAUGUUCUGAAUGCAUGCCCUGCCUGCACAUACAAACUUGAUGAGGAGCCACCUCUCAAGUGGCAGCGCAUCUUCGCAAUGGACGGCAACAACUCACUCAAGCGAAUCGCAGAGGUCAGCAAUCGUGCAUGCGGUGACAUGCGCAGCUUUGCAACGAGCGACUACUUUUUGUCCUGGGACUUCGUCAAUCGCUAUGCCAACGAGGUGAAGUCAAGGCCUCGCUCGAAGAAGGUUGACACUUGCAGUGGACAGCCCGUGCAGGACGGUGGUGAGAGUGGAAGCGACGAUGAUGGUGAUGUGCCCAGCGUGGAGAUCUCAACAAUGGCGGAGGAGGAUCCAACGGACAGCGAGGAUGGCAAUGUCAUGACGGCUCCAUGUGCGACCAACUGGAAGGCAGCAGCUUCUGAAGAUCACAAGCAUAUGUGGGCCAUAUUUGAUGAGGCAGGCAUUUUUGUAGCUGCGUGCAGGCACUGCCUCAUGCUCUGGGUCACGGACAUGGUCCAGAGUGGUGAACUUGCAAAAUAUCCCCUGGCAAUCUUGGUCAAGGCUUUAGAAGUCUUUGGAAUCAGGCUUCUCAUGCCCUACGAUAUCGGGUGUGUAUUCCAGGGAACUACAGCACGAAGUUCGCUGGGGCCAGAUUGGCUGCAAAGUGGCUUUCGGUGCUGCGUGAAUGCGUUCCAUGGAUACACGCACAACUAUACUUGCCAGAUGCAGAACCACCUGAACGUUAUCAAGGGGAUGGGCCUCGAGGAUGGCGAGACCCUCGAACGGCUCUUUAGCACAUCUAAUAGCCUCGCAUCGGUCACCCAGUAUGCAUCACCCUACCGUCGGCAUGUCCUCGUCGACCUUUUCUUCCAGCAAUGGGAUGACAAGAAAUAUGCAUUGAAGAUCAUCAACGAGGAUUCUAUCACACUGGCCGAUACCAUGCAAGCUCUCGGGGUCAGCCGUGAAGAUCUUGACAAAUGGUCUUUGGAAGAGUGGCACUAUUUCAAAACUCUGGGUCAAGAACACCCGUGGGAUGUGCACGCCGUUGCAUACAUCGAGAAACUUCAAGAAUGGCAUGUCAUGCGUGCGCAAGUCAAAAAUGCGCAUGCACAAUUUGUCAGUUCCAUCCCAUCCGACUAUACAUUUAUCCUACCCUCCACCAGCACUGUCGACUACUACGCUGAGGCGUCAUGCACACAGAAGCUCGAGACGAAGCGGCAUUACAGUGAGGAGCAUGAGUGCAUGCUCCUGCAUGAUGUUGCCACCAUGGAAGUGAAGAUGGGCAUUACGAGAUGCUGGCAACCGACUGACCGUGAGUACAUGGAAACUCAUCUCUUUGAGCUUCACAAGCUCAAUCUUGCACAGACUGCAUAUCGUGUGCACACUCACAUUGCAAAGUCUCUGCAAACUCGGUGCAAGGUGAUCUGCAAUGCCAUGAAGACGUACAAUGCUGCGGCCCUCACACUCGAUCUACCACGUCCUACCCUGGACUGGUCAAAAGUCUCGCACUACAGCUUCCUCGACGAAGGUUCUCAGUACAUCACUGUUCUUGGAGGUCCUCGUCCUGGUAUCUAUGAUGCGUGUCCACCCAUUGGCUAUGGUGGAUACACCUCCCCACUUCCAGUCAUCAUCCACUACACAGAUCACACCGUUGCGACUUCUGUCUACACGCUGCAGCCAUUUUUUCAUCACUUUGCAGGUGACGCAUGUGAGCUGAACGACCUUAUCAUCAAGGAGAUGGUCCACAGUCUGCUUCUCUGGGAGGAAGCAAGAAAGGUGAUUCCGGAUACACGAGAGUUUGAGAAUGUAUAUGUCGUUGUCCACGGCAGAAAGACUGGUAUCUUUUUUUCUUACGAGGUCAGGAAGCAGUGUAAUGCACAGGUUCAUGGGUUCUCAGAUGCAAGGUUUAUGGCCUACAAGAACUUACCAGAGGCCAUUGCCCACUUCUUGCAUAAGGAGCCUGCAACAUAUGAGUCUCUGAACGAUCUGACAUCAUGGCUAGGGAUGUUCGAGAACUAUCUCAUGGAUAUUCUGAACCAGAGCAUUCACGCUGAUGAAAAUGGUGAUGACGAUGAGGAUGCGGUAAACGGCACAACGGGACGGUCGGAGCACGUUAUAGAAGGACUCAAUGAUCUCAUGCAAACUGUUCACAUUGACAACACGCUGCUGUUAGCGUCUGAACUAUCUGGAAAGGGCCCUUGCAUGACCAAGUCAUGUUCCGGCAAGACACAUGUGCACGAGGUAUCAUCCAAGAUAGUCAGCACAUACUCAGAGAUGCCUUUGCAUGCAGCACGCAUCCCUUCAAACGUUCGAUCUCACACUGUCAAGAUGGAUGCCGGACCUUCGCAAGUGCAAGAGUCUCCUGCUCCUCUGAUCCAUAUCAUCAAUGCAAAGCCCACGACUGCUCUGUACACUGUUGAGCAGUGUUCCAUGCCUCUCCCACUGACUCCAUACAUUCAGUCUCCAUCUCCAUCUCCUUUCGAUAGUCGGGAUCACAAUCAACAGCAUUCAUGUUGCACUGGCGUCAUCAACCUCAGUUCCAAUGAUGACAUCAAUGAGAAGUUUCUUGUACCAUCUCUCAGCACGUAUGCUGAUUAUUACAUGUCAUCCCAUAGUUAUACUUACCGUGCGCGGGUGGAGGUGGUUGCGGCAUUUGCCAAUAGCCGCAACAGAGAGGAAUUUGUUGCUCACCUCCAUGGUGUCGAUGUCCCAGCAAAGCACUUAGAAUUUAUCUACUUUCUGUGCAAGAACCGCAUUUAA